AUGUCGAUUCCAUCUGUUCUGCAAUAUGCUCGCUUCCACGGUCUUGCAACUGAUCACGCUUCGGAGGAUAUUCUCCAUUACUUGCGCCAUGUGCCCAAUCCUACUGCUCAGUGUUCAAAGGAAGAUGAUGGCGCGUUGUUAGAGCCAGAUUACAGCAAAUACGCGGAAGGUCUUGACGAGCCAAAGAUGCAGCUAGGUCGACAAGCAGCCGUGCUUCUUGUCGAAAGCAUCACAGAUCCUCGCCCGACGAUCCAAUGGAGCGAUUUCCUCCCCAACCCUUUUCGAUGGCGGAGGAUGAAAGUGGAGGAACCUCUACUUGCUACGGACCAUGACUUGGACGUUGCAGGGUUCAAGCGAGACACCGCGGGCUGCUCCGUCUUGGGACGUCUUUUAGAGAACGUGCCACAGUCAAAUACCAUAUCUGAUGAGUUAUAUGAAGACGAAUGGAAUUACAUCCAGGCGUGCCGCAGUUUGAAGGACAUACAGAAGACACUUGACUGCGAAAAGGUGCACGCCACACGGGAGGCGUUGAGGCAUUUGGCAGAAACGCAGAGGGUGGCCCUCACGAAGGACGAAAGAGAAGUGCUCCUUGGUAAAGAAAUACAUAAGAAGCCGCAACUGCGUCCGUCAAGUCCGCCCCUAAUGCUCGAGGACCUUUCAACGGAGUGUCCGUCCGCAUCUCCUUCCGAUACGGAGGCACAAGCACUUCCCGCGGAAGAGGUAGUGCUGGAUGAACAGCUCUCAGAUUUGGACAGUUUGAUGGAAGAGGAUUGGUCGUCUCUUAGCAAUAACGACGGCAGUAGUUGUGCUUCGCCAACACAAAUGCCCAUGAGCUUUCGAGGAACGCCGAAUGUGGAAGUUCACAAUGGAGCUGCUCUCAGGGAGUCAAGCUCAGAUCAUGAGAGGCUCUGUCUUACCACAAGCCGAGCAAGUUCACAUCACGAGGAACAGGACCGUGGCACAACAACGACUCCGGCGACACCAAUCAAACAAGGCUUCUCACCAGAACAGAAGAUUGAAAGUCUAAUCGACAGAAAAGCAAUCCAGGCGCGGAGAAAUCCCUUCAGUCCCAUAGAUGAUAUCAGCAGCCUGUCUCAAGUAUCUGGAUGCAGGAGCGAGGACGAGGAAUUCGGACUGGAAUUGGACGAUGAUAUUGACAUUGAAGACCUCAUUUUCGCGGAACGAGCCAAUGAGGAAAUGGAAUGCAGGCUCAAGCAAGAGAUGAUUAGUCUUCCAGAGGCUUGUAUAAGGGUUCCAGUUCCGCAACUGGACAUGACCUUGGACAGGGCCCCUGACCAUGUUUCGCGACCUGAUAUCAUCGCUAGUCACCUUGACUCGGUUCGCUUCGCUUCAGCAGACCUGAUAAGCCUGGAAGAAAAUACAACACUGGAACCAUGUGCAGUUCCUUGUCAUCACUUGGGUUCUGAUCUGAACGAAAAGAUCGAGGGAUCUGGCACGCUUCUCGAAACAGUGAAGGCCCCGCAAGAUAUCAUCCGGAGUGAGCAGAUGUUGUGGAAACAGCCAGGGCUUCGAAUACUAGAUGAGACUGAGGAUAGUGACGACGAGAUUGAGGAGGAUGCGGAUUUAGUGUCCAUUAUCGCUCAGUCACCAAAGCCAUAUACACCGCAGAAAAGGCCUGGGAGCGACGAACCUUCCAUCUUCCCGUCACCAAUGAAAAAGGUUCUUGUGAGCAACGAUAGCGCAACGAACACGCCAAUAGUCAAGAGCAAACCAUCGAACUUGACCAGUUUCUUCUCAGCAUCUAGUGCCCUGGACACGUUCUUGGAUUUGAGAGGCAGCAAGUUCCGAGCAGUCAAACAACCAUGUCCGCUGGGAAUGGACGAACUUCCCAACGACCCUAUUGAGGCCACACAACUUCAAGAGGAGAGUGACUCCAGAGCUGCGCCAUCUACAACCCCAGGACCGGCGUGUUCCGAAGAUGAUGAUGGGUAUGAAGGAGCUGCCAGAAUCCUGGUCCCUGCAACACCUGUUUCCGCCAUUUUGCAGGCAUCAAAGACCGAACUUUCACCCAUCAAGUCUUUGGAAUGGCGCAGGACCGUGGUUGUCGACAUGGCAAUGCUUCGAACACAUGGCCCCUUACUCAGUUACCUAGAAAGACAGGGGGCCGAGCAACUUACACUGAUAUAUCGGGAUCUCAACCCUACGCAGGCUCGGGACACACGAGGGCCUAUUGGGGGCCCUGACAUCAUCCUGAAUCCUCGCGGUGGACUUAUCUUCAGCAGCUUGCAGGCUUUGAACCAGAAGAGCUUGCCCGGCCAGGAUGGUUCGACCAAGCAAAGUCUGGUUCAAAGCAGAAUCGUCGGACUGUUAUCAGAGUAUGACCAUGUCUUCGUCUUGAUAUCAGGCCUCAAUGCCCAUGGAAGCUUUUUGCAAACCACAGCUGACACAAUCGCCCGAUUUACUGGCUUCUGCUCAAGUCUCACCAGUGGCAAGAGCCAAAGGGUAACUCCCCUUUGGGUGCAAUCUGAACCAGGCUCACACUCACAAAAUCCAACGUUACACCGUAUGAUUUGGCAGUUGAUAUCAGGGCACGGCUUUCCCACGUCGCCCCCGAACGAAGGUUCCAUCGGCGGCCAGAAUACUGUGACAUUGAUACACGAUGAAACACUGUGGGAAUUGUUCUUGAGAAAGGCUGGCUUGAACGCAAUGGCGGCUCAAGUGGUGCUUAGGACGCUGCAUCGACCUAAUUCAGAUGAGUCGAGGGCCGAUAAGGGCUGGGGUCUGAGGAGACUGGUGCAAAUGAAAGCGGAAGAGAGGAUUGGAAUGUUCUCUGAGAUACUAGGAGAAAGCAUGACGAAGAGAAUGAAUGCCAUGAUCGAUACCCAGUAG